AGAGAGAGGAGGGGGGGAGAAAAAGAGAGAGAGAGAGAGAGAGAGAGAGAGAGAAAGAGGAACCGAGUCUACAAGCGUUUAAAAACAAAACCAGCGGAGAUUACCUGUCGCGCUUUGGAUUGUCUUUUAGCUUGACGUUAAACGGCGCGUCCUGUUGGAAUACCUCAGAGGAAUAUGCGGUCGUGGAGAGUGACAGAGUGGAUAUGGAUAAUGGCCCGAACAUAUUGAAUAGCUUCGUCAGAGGAGGAGGAGGAGGAGGAGGGAGUGCUAUAGCGCGAGGAAACACGUUUCAGAGAGAAUAAAGGCAGCGAGAACAAAAACAAAAAACUAAAACACUCGGACUGGUAAUUAUAACACCUCACACUUUUACCUACACGGCUUUCGUAAGGAUUCUUGAAUGGCUUGUCGGUUUUACGCCCUCGCCGCUAAUAAAACGACCGAGGUCGAGUCGCGGUAGCUCUUUCCUUUCCUCUCCUCUCCUCACUGUCAAAAAAAGAAAAAGAAAGCCUGCGCUAAUCACCGAGGCGACCGCUUUGGCCUCUGAAUAUAUUUCCGCGUGAACUGCUCGGAGGUCGCCCUCGACAUGGAUUUUAACGGCAGCGGCUUGGGCAACGAGCUGCACAAUAACCAGACGUAUCAGUGUGAGGAGAGCAAGCCUUUGCUGGAGCCUGAGGGUAAUAAUAAUAACAGUAAGGUGGGCGCGGGGCCGUGUCGCCGGAGCGCGCUUCACUGCAGCGGCGGCGGCGGCGGUGGAGGAGGAGGAGGAGGAGGUGGUGGUGGCGGCGGCAUGCGUUAUAAACUCCUGCACGAGGGAGACAUCCAGGUGUGUGCCGUGAAACACCCGCGCACCUUCCUCAGCAAAAUCCUCACCUCCAAGUUCCUGCGGAGAUGGGAACCCCACCACCUCACCCUGACCGACAGCAGCAUCGUCUCUGCCACGCCUACAGGUUACAUGGAGGCAGCUCUGUCCUACAGUACUAUAGAGGACCUGCAGCUGUUGUCUUGGGACAACGCCCCCAAAUACUGUGUCCAGCUCAGCGUCCCUGGAGGGACCGUCCUUCUGCAGGCUGCCAACAGCUAUCUGCGGGACCAGUGGUUUCACUCUCUACAGUGGAAGAAAAAGAUUUACAAGUACCGCAAGGUGCUGAACAAUCCUAGUCGCUGGGACGUGGUGCUAAAGGAAAUCCGAGCUCUGGUGGACAUGGCUCUUACCUCUCCACUGCAGGACGAAUCUAUCCACCAAGCCCCGCUUCACAUCAUCUCCACCCUACUCGCUGAGAACACCAACCUCAGUGCCCAGGACCAUGAGAGCAUCAUUGUGGCAAUUGCUCCCCUGCUGGAAAAUAACCACCCUCCCCCUGACCUGUGUGAAUUCUUCUGCAAGCACUGUCGCGAACGUCCACGCUCCAUGGUGGUCAUUGAAGUGUUCACUCCAGUGGUCCAGAGAAUUCUCAAACACAACAUGGAUUUUGGGAAGUGUCCCAGACUGCGUCUCUUUACUCAGGAGUAUAUUCUGGCUCUGAAUGAACUUAACGCAGGCAUGGAGGUAGUCAAGAAGUUCAUUCACAGCAUGCAUGGCCCUACUGGACAGUGUCCUCACCCUAGGGUUCUCCCCAACCUGGUGGCAGUGUGCCUGGCUGCUAUUUAUUCCUGCUAUGAGGAGUUUAUUAACAGUCGUGAUAACUCUCCUAGUCUGAAAGAGAUAAGGAACGGUUGCCAGCAACAGACCGAGCGGAAGCCCCCGAUGCCCCUACGGUUGAUGCGUCCCGAUCCUCCAACAGCCCUUUCACCCCCUCCUCCCUCCAUCGUCAACUCCAGCGAGAUCUUGGUGGAGCUCGAGCGUAACAACAACACUGCCAACACCGCGCUGCGUAAGGCGCCCGCAGGGGGCGACAGUGAGCCCAGCUUAAUCGAAUGCUUGCUGGUGAGCCCAGCUGUCAGCGCUCUGUCCAUUCAGCUCCCAGCCCAGGCUGACCGAGUGCUGGCCUGCUUUGCGCUCAUCCUCAAGAUGCUCUCAGACUAUGACGACUGGAGACCAGCGCUGGCUAGCCUGCUGCAGCCCAUCCCAUUCCCCAAAGAGGCCCUUGCUCAUGCCAAAUUUACAAAAGAGCUGAAAUACGUUAUUCAGAGGUUUGCCGAGGACCCCAGACAGGAGGUGCACUCCUGUUUACUCAGUGUGCGUUCUGGAAAAGAUGGCUGGUUUCAGCUAUACAGUCCAGGAGGGGUAGCCUGCGAUGAUGAUGGAGAGCUGUUUGCCAGCAUGGUUCACAUCCUCAUGGGUUCUUGCUACAAGACGAAGAAAUUCCUUCUGUCUCUGGCAGAAAACAAACUGGGACCCUGCAUGUUGCUGGCACUGCGAGGGAACCAGACCAUGGUGGAGAUCCUGUGCCUGAUGCUGGAAUAUAACAUUAUAGAGAAUAAGGACACUCAGCUACAGAUCAUCUCUACCCUGGAGAGUACGCAGGUCGGCCUGCGCAUGUACGAGCAGCUGUGUGACCGACAGAGAGAGCUUAAAGAGCUGCAAAGAAAAGGAGGGCCUACUCGACUCACUCUGCCAUCCAAGUCCACGGACGCAGAUCUUGCCCGCCUGCUGAGCUCUGGCUCCUUUGGGAAUCUGGAAAACCUGAGUCUGGCCUUCACCAACGUCACCAGUGCCUGCGCCGAGCAGCUCAUCAAGUUGCCAUCCCUCAAACAGCUCAAUCUGUGGUCUACUCAGUUUGGAGACGCAGGGCUGCGACUGCUUUCAGAGCACCUGGCCUGCCUGCAGGUCCUCAACCUGUGUGAGACACCAGUCACUGACGCUGGUCUGCUAGCCCUCAGCUCGAUGAAGAGCCUGUGCAGUUUGAAUAUGAACAGCACUAAACUCACUGCAGACACCUACGAGGACCUAAAGGCCAAACUCCCCAACCUGAAGGAGGUGGAUGUUCGCUACACAGAGGCCUGGUAAACGUAAUCAGCAUCCCCCACCGAUUCUCAUGGAAUCUCUGGCAUCAUGGAAGCAUAAGGAUUUUGCUGACACCAUCAAGACACCAAGCCUUUAACAUCAUCACAAUCCGUAAUCUGCAGACGAGGACUGUCUUUAUAGGAACAUUAUUCAACACCAAGGACCUUCUGGUGACAUGAGCCCAGCAUUUGUGCAGUGCACUGUCAUCGUCAAAACACAGAAAGAACUUUCUUUGUAGCCACAUUAAAAGCGCAAGGAUAUUUAUAGUGACAUCAAAUGAAAAGGAGGCCCAUUCUAUUUAUAUCACAUAAGGACUUUAGCUCUUUCUCUCUUUGUCGAUUAUUUUUUUUUCCCCCCACCUUUCGAAGGCAACCCAAUCAACUGCUUCACCUUACAAGUGUGUCUGACCAAAACACCACUCGUUUUCUUUUCCCCUAGAUCAGAGACUUAAUGUUAUGCUCAGAUGCAUAGCUCAGAAGCCGACUCUCCUGCCUUCAUCCCUUUCUUUUUUAUUUCUUCUUCUUCUUCUCCUCCUCCAUGCGGAGACCUUUCCCCAGAGGUGCACCCUGACUGGCGAGAGCCACAUUCCAGUAUAGAUUUGAUGUCGCCUCCCUGCUUGGUCCUCUCAGUUCAGAUUCUGCCAUUUUUCUAUCCUCCAUCACAUGACGCUGUUGCCUCUGAUGUAGAAAGGUGGUAGCCUGAGUGUCCACUACUGUAUACACUCAUUUUAACCUCUCUCUUUCUCUCUCUCUCUCUCUCUCUCUGUCUCUCAAAUUUUUAUCAACUUGAAUGAGCAUAUUUUUCCACACAUCUCUGCUUUCAUAAAUUGUGUGUUUAUACAGUAUAAAGUAUAUAUAUCGAUCUCUAUAUUCCCUUUUGACAUUUUAACAAUUUCAGGAGCUUGGUUGUACAACCUACUAGACAGAAGAAUUUUAUCUUUUUUCACUCGGUUUUGUUUCGUCCACAUUUCUCCGGUGUCAUUGUACAAAGUUACGGCGUUUGUUCAUGCACCCGUAUUUAAGUCAGCAGUCGCUCGGAAGGUAGUCUGGGACUUCUCAAUAUUUACGAAGCCUCUGUCUUCUCGGUUUGGAUCCCAGCUUAGAUCCCAGCUUGGAUCCCUCCUCACAAUCCAUCUCUAUUUUCAGUCCCGUUUGUUUAAUCAAAUCAGCCAAGUUGGUGCCUACAGGACAUUUUCUAUGAAGAGUGCACCACUUAAGAAGUGGCAACGUCAUUGAAUCGCUGGAUGCAAAUCUGUGUAAAUAUCUCGGCAAAAUUUCAUCAGCUUGGGUGAAAUGUUUGAUUUCCUAUAGUGCUUGUUUUACAAUGCAGGAUUAUCACACAUGACCUCCGUGCACAUUUAUAAGAAAUCAAACAUCAAGCCAUAAUUUGUAAAACAGUCAAAGUUAUUCCUGUUCUUUAUUUUUGCCACUUAACAUUCUCCAAAGGUUUUACUGAUACCGGUCACCGAGUAAACGUUCGAAGAGAUCACAGAGCAUGUUGUCGAAUUUGUGCAACAAAACGUCUUUUGUAAACAUUCAUAUCGAAUAUGCAAACGUUCCCCUAGGUGGCGUGCCAGCUUGCUUAUAGCUGACUCCUAAAUGAACACAAGAUCUGGGACUCUGGGGCACCUUCGGAAACUGUAUCAGACUGCUCGAGUCUUCUCUUCUCUCCCUUCACUUCAGCACAGACACAUGGCGCUCUGAUUCGUUACCCCGGUCCGCUUGAACAGUCUCUGAUUGGACGGUUUCAAUUUGGUCAUUAUUCUGAUCGGUCCAGUGGAGGAACCUGUACUGUGCGGUAGCUUUAAAGCGAGCGUGGAGAUGGACGCCGUGCACUGAGAGUUUAAUACUGUGUGUGUGUGUGUGUGUGUGUGUGUGUGUGUGUGUGUGUGGUGGAUGGUAGCGGCACAGAGGUCCAUCGUGUUCUACCAUCUCAGGUCCAGAUAAAGACGCUGCGUGGUUGCAUCCUGUACAAUGUACAUACAAGUGUAUAUAAUUUCCCUCAUCCACUCACUCUCUCUCUCUCUCUGUCUGUCCGUCUUAUAAUUCUUUAUUCGUUUCUUUCUCUCAUCUUUAUUUGAGAGACUGCUGUUGCCUUCAUUUUCAGGAAACGUCUGCGUGUGUGUGAGAUCAGUUUUUCUUUUCUUUUUUUCUUUUCUCCCCCAGACCAAGUGCACUGUAAUAAUCUUCACAAAAGACAAAUUGUUUUUGUCACAUUAGUCCACAUUCUGUUGCUUGUUUUGAUUUCUUUUCUCUUUUUUUUUUUCCAUGUUGCUGCAUGUACAUGUUGCAUUAGCAGAUGUUUUUAAUUUUGUCACUUCAUUUCAAUUGCUUAAAGCAGAUCAGCGUCAGAGCCAGGAAGAAGAGCGCGUGUAAUUUCAAGAGUGCUGUAUGCGGCAGAAAUGUGAUUUAGUUGCCAUUAUAUACGAGAAGCCAGAGAGCGUGAACUGAACAGUGUAACAGUUAGAAACUAGAGGAAGCCUGCCCGUGUUUUUUCCCCUGCUACGUGUCCUCAGAGAAGAUGUCCGGGAUGGUUCUGCUGUGUGACGUGGACCAUAUCUGAGUGAAGGAGAUCUAACAUAUCGUGAACAGUUUCCCAACCAGUAGUUUGUUGGAAAAAAAAAAAAACAGGUUCAUAUUUCAAUUUUUAUAUAGAAAAAAAGUGGGGAUAACUGCUUUCGGAGUUUGCCAAUAGUCAUCUAUCUGUUCUGUCUCUCCAUUGGUUCGUCUCCUCUCACACCGUCCUACCCCUCUCUCACAUUAUUACAAUUUUUUCUGCAAUUUCUAUAUAUUAAAAAAAAAAACGCUUUCUAUCAUUUUGAAUUGUGACUGAGUCUUAACGUGGUGAUGAAUGGGACGUCUACCACUGCAGUCCCCCUCCCGGGCGCAGUCAUGUACAUAUAAAUCUCCCAUGAUUCCUGGAGUUUUUUUUGCGGAUCGAACUGCUGCCAUUAUUUUCCUCCUGUCUGUGUUUUAACUGCUUUUUACAGCUGGGUCGCUGCUGCUGCUGCUGCUCUGUGGCUGUUGUAAUGACAAUACAAGACCUUGAACAGGAAAAUAAGUCAGCUACGAUGUGAAAUAAUUUCAAUCAGAAUAAACUGUCUGUGAAUAUGUUUCAAA